GUAAAAUGCCAAAGUUGGGUGAGAUUCCCCACAUUUCUUCCCUCUGGUUUUCCCUGCGUUUCUCUUUCCUCCUUUUUCCCACUUUAGCUCUCGUUGUAAACUGACAACAACAACGAUAAUAAAACAUAAAAAUCAACGGCCAAAUCUUCCAUAAAACUUCAUUACUGCUCCGGUCAUCUCUUUUAACAAAUUCAAAAGGAAUUUUCCAUUUUUAUUUUGCUGUAAAUAUCUUUGCACUUCGGUUACAGUCGAGAAUAUUCGUCUCAACUGGAUAUACAGUAAAUUUUUGGCCAAGCAUUUUUCUUUUUCUGUAUUUCUUAAGUUUAUGAUUGGAUCUCUGAGAUUGUUGAAAUAAAAACAUCGGUUCUCAAGAGCCUGUAACUUUGAUUUUAAGGGAGGAUAUGAUUUAUUCAGAUGCCAGGAUUUGAUGUUCGUGAAUUAAGUCGCCUUAAGUGGGGGAGUGUGUGAGGCUCCGUGGUGUGUAAAUAGAUGCAGGCGGUUGGCUUUUUGUUGGAAUGAAGAAUUUACAGACCGCACAAGAUAAAAAACCGUCAAGUCAAGCUUCACAUGAACCAAAAACGGAACAGAGCAGUCAAACAGCAGAUGGCUCUGGCUCUUUAUCUACUUCAAGCAAUGAUGGCCGAAAAGUUUCACGCCAAGAUAUAGAACUUGUCCAGAAUUUAAUUGAACGAUGUUUACAACUGUACAUGAAUAGAGACGAGGUUGUCAAAACCCUAUUGACUCGAGCGAGGAUAGACCCUGGAUUCACAACUUUAGUAUGGCGAAAGCUGGAAGAGGAAAAUGCCGAUUUUUUCAGGGCCUAUUAUAUAAGGCUAAAGUUAAAGAAACAAAUCCUUUUAUUUAACCAUUUUCUUGAGCAUCAAUAUCAUAUGAUGAAAUAUCCCCUGCCUCCAAUGGUCCCUCUUGCCCCAAUACAAAAUGGGAUUCAUCCCAUGCCUGUUAACAACUUACCCAUGGGAUACCCUGUGCUUCAACAACCUCCAAUUCCAGCUACGGGGCAACUUCAUAUCGACUCCAUGGGUAUAUCUAGUUGUUGUGUGGUCAACGGAGUCCCUGCACUCAGCAAUUUUCAACCUAUGCGGAUGAGUACUGGGAAUGACACGGUGAUGGACAACACUGCCAGUGAUGUAACACCUGCAAUUCCUCCAACCACUGUCAUUUCAUCUAUGUCAGAGAUGCCUGUGAGCUGUAAAUCAGUGGCAUCCAGUGGGAGUUUUCCCUUCACUGCUUCAGACAUGUCAGGGAUGGGUGUAGAUACAUCAGCACUUGAUUCAGCCUUCACAACGGACGUGGCAAGUUCAGUAGGAUUGCAGCUUGGACAUGAUAAUGGAGCUGGGAAUUCUAGGGAUUCCUUUAGAUCACUUGAUCAGAUUCAGUGGAAUUUCAGUCUCACUGAUCUCACUGCAGACUUGUCAAACUUAGGAGAUCUAGGUGCUCUCGGGAACUACCCUGGUUCUCCUUUUCUUCAUUCUGAUUCAGAAAUUUUGCUUGAUUCUUCUGAGCAAGAUAAUAUAGUGGAGGAAUAUUUUGUUGAUUCUGUCCCUGAACAGCCGUUCUCUCCAUCCGAUGAAGAUAAAAAAUCCUAGCUCAAGGUGAGUCUUGUAAGCUUAUCUUGUUAAAAUUGAUGGCAACAAGAACAAGAUUCGACAUCUUUUCAGUAGGCAUUUUGAAAAUUGAAUUGUUAGCAAAUCUGAACAUCUAAGCAGUGUAACUUUUGCUUGUGAUCAAAUCAAUAGCAGUCAACAAACAGGAAAGUAGCCAAGUUCUUAGUGGUAAAUUUUCAGAUUAUGGUUAUCAGACCCUUAAUUUUAUUUGGAGAAUAUGUGGAUCAUUUGUUCGUAAUCUUGUGUUUCCGGGGUCGUAGUUCCGUGAGGUAC